GAAAGAAAGAAAGAAAGAACAUUAUAUUGAGGAAGACAUGAAAAAAUCCUAGAACUGGCUUUACAUUUCAGUUGAACCUUUCACAAACUCUCUUCCCUCCCAAAGGCUUCCCUCGUGCCAAAGUUGACUGUUUCUGUCUCCCUCACUGAGUUUUCGAUUCCCAUAUAGCUGGGAGAGCUGUUGACUUGACGGUGCAAUUAAGUCCAGUCAAUGUAUUGCUCUGGAAAGCUGAGACAUGUUUCCCCACGGAGUGGUUUAACACUCAGGCCACUGCCUCAAAAAACGUCUUGUCCUCAAAGCCAGGGCCUCUUGCCAUUGCGUGAACUGAUGCUGAUGACAUUCACAUGUAGCUGGGAUGCCUUGGUGGCAAAAGUUGCACUGAGGGGUCCACAAAUUCCAAGCAAGAGGCUGGGCGAUGCACGGAGGGGAGUAAAAGUAUUUUAACACCAUGAGACAAGUACAUUAGAUACAUCGGAAAUGGUAGCGCACUCUCAACAUGAAUCUAAGUCACGAAGUGUGGGUGAGGCAAUGUUGUAAGGCUUUUUCAGUAUUAUCUGAAAAAGCAAAUGUACUUAUUUGCAUUAUGUGGAAUGGCAAGGUAUAAAUUGAUCAAUAUAUAGAUACAUACCAUGUAUUCCAAUUGAAGAGACCAAUGAGCCAUUAUAUUGUCCUCUUCAACAUUAUCUGAGAGCAUAGCAUGUGUUAUGGUAUUUCCAAAAUCCCUGUAAAUGCUGAGGACUCAGUGUGUGGAUUAUUUGAGGCAGACAGUGCCACCAGGUCCUCAAAAUAAGUACUGCCUUCUUCCCGGAAAAGGCACAGGCUCUGGUGCUAUUUUCCAGAAAACUAUAUGUUAGAGACAUAAUUAUCUCAAUGUUAUUAAUAUCAGAUACACUACAUUCAGGUUCACGAACUAGUAUCAUCCCUCAGUCUUCAAGUGAUGGAAAUGUAUUGAAGACCAUUGGGUUUACUUGGAGUGCAUACCCACUGAGAUAAAUGAAUGGCCCUAUAGCCUAUGUCUUUAUAAUCCCAAAUACAGACUUUCAAUAAUGAAAACUGCAUUACUAGGUAGUGAGUUUUGUGUUUAAUCAUCCAAUCGAUGCAUCACUCUGGUCGCUCUAAAAUAAGUCUGUGGGGGGGAUAGGCUAAAUCACGUGCAAAUUAAUAUGCGUCAAACACCCGUGAGAACACUAGAUCUAAAUACACAGUGGUCCGAACAAGGUGCAUGCAUCAGCUUUGUCCCUCCCUCAACCCUGAAGACAAGAAAGGGAAUUGCUGCUACAGACGGCAUUCACACAAUAUCCGUCUUGAGUCUGGCGGUGCAGACUGCCUCAAGGAGAGAGAACGGUGUUCUUGGCAACGAAUGCGUGGGAGUUGCUCACUUCGCUCGCCUCCUUUUCCUAGUGGACGAUAGAAGGCGCAUUGGGAGCCCCUUUCCGACGGAGGGAUAGCGAGCUGGCGGAGAUAGGAACCAGUGCGUCGUCGGUAGACAGAAGAACAGGGCAGUUCCACCGGACUAUCCAUUUCUAUUAAGUCACAGGCGGUAUCGGAAUCUGGGGGUACCGUGUUUUAUUAAAUUUUUUUAUUGUCGCUCAAAGCAAUAGACUCGAGAUAGUGGGUCUCAAUUUGACUCUUUCUUGACUGGGAGUUGCCGUUGGGAGAUAUGCGUAAGGAUGUUUGGAAACAGCAGUAGUAGGUAACCGAUAGGAUGGGGGCCAGGGAAGCGAAUGGGCACAGCUACCUGGUGGCUUGCUGGCAGCCCAUUCUGAUUCUGAUGCUGGGCACCGUACUGUCCGGUUCCACCACAGGCUGCCCGUCCCGCUGCGAGUGCAACGCCCAGGAACGCUCGGUCAUAUGCCACCGCAAGAAGCUUAUGUCCGUCCCUGAGGGCAUCCCCACAGAAACGCGGCUGCUGGACCUCAGCAAGAACCGCAUCAAGACCAUCAACAUGGAUGAGUUCGCCACCUACCCCAACCUGGAGGAGCUGGAGCUCAACGAAAACACCAUCUCUGCCAUCGAGCCCGGCGCCUUCAACAACCUGUACGGCCUGCGGACAUUGGGGCUGCGCAGCAACAAGCUCAAACUCAUCCAGCUGGGUGUGUUCACGGGCCUCAGCAACCUCACCCAGCUGGACAUCAGUGAGAACAAGAUAGUCAUCCUGCUGGACUAUAUGUUCCAAGACCUAUACAACCUGCGCUCCAUGGAGGUGGGCGACAAUGACUUGGUGUUCAUCUCCCACCGGGCCUUCCAUGGCCUCAGCAGCCUAGAGCAGCUGACUUUGGAGAAGUGCAACCUGACCUCGGUGCCCACCGAGGCCUUCACCCACCUCCAUAGUUUGAUCUUUCUCAGGCUGCGCCACCUCAACAUCUACAUUAUUAAGGAUUACUCCUUCAAAAGGCUCUACCGGCUGAAAGUGCUGGAGAUCGCCAACUGGCCCUACCUGGACACCAUGACCUCAAAUUGCCUCUAUGGACUGAACCUCACCUCGCUGACCAUCACCAAUGGCAACCUGACCUCCAUCCCAUACGUGGCUCUCCGGCACUUGGUCUACCUACGGUUUCUGAAUCUGUCCUAUAACCCCAUCCACACUAUUGAGGGGAAUAAGCUCCAUGACCUUCUGAGGCUCCAGGAGUUUCACCUGGUCGGGGGCAGGCUGGCUAUGAUCGAGCCCUACUCGUUCCGAGGCCUAAACUAUCUGAAGAUCUUCAAUGUGUCUGGCAAUGCCUUGAGCACUUUGGAGGAGUCUGCGUUCCACUCGGUAGGCAACCUGGAGACUCUUGCGCUUUACGACAACCCCUUGGCCUGUGACUGUCGGCUGCUGUGGGUGUUCCGGAGACGCUGGAGGCUCAACUUCAACCGGCAGCAACCCACCUGCGCUUCACCUGAGUUUGUACAGGGAAAAGAGUUGAAAGAUUUCCCGGAUGUCCUGCAGCCCAACUACUUCACGUGUCGCAAGUCCAGGAUUCGGGAUCGCAAGGCACAGCAGAAAUUUGUGGACGAGGGAACUACUGUUCAUUUUGUAUGCCAGGCGGACGGUGAUCCCGCCCCAGUCAUCAUGUGGCUCUCACCACAGAAGCAGUUCAUCACGACCAAAACCAUCGGGCGGCUCACAGUAUUCCCCGAUGGCACCCUUGAGGUGCGCUAUGCGCAGAUUCAGGAUAAUGGCACAUAUGUGUGUAUAGCCAGCAACGCCGGUGGCAACGACACAUCUCUCGCCCACCUGCAUGUCCACAGCUACUCUCCAGACUGGCCUCACCAACCCAACAAGACCUUUGCCUUCAUCUCCAACCAGCCCAACGAGAAUGGUGCCAAUGGGACGCGAACCAACGUCCCCUUCCCCUUUGACAUAAAGACCUUAAUCAUCGCCACCACCAUGGGCUUCAUAUCUUUCCUUGGUGUCGUCCUGUUUUGUCUGGUGCUACUCUUUCUGUGGAGUAGAGGUAAAGGGGCCACAAAGCACAACAUAGAGAUUGAGUAUGUGCCACGCAAGUCAGACGCUGGCAUGAGCAGCAGCAACGCAGACGCCCCUCGCAAGUUUAACAUGAAAAUGAUUUAACGGGACUCAGGGAGCAAACAGACUCUGAACUACAAAUUGUAAAAAAAAAAAAAAAAAAGUCAAAUCCUCCCUUACAAAUCUGUGGAUCCUGGGAUGUUAUCAUAAAGUAAUCUGUUUUCCCUGACUUAACUGUUGGAGAUGGAGAGAGAAGUUCCUUGCUUUCGUAAUAUGUUGAGUAUAUGAGGGGAUGAUGGCACAGCCGACGCUCCGCAGCGUUGGCAGUUUCUGCAAGGCCUUUAGGUACCGUUUGUUCAAAAGCAAAUUUUGUUGUGCGCGAUUCCUAUUCCUGUGGAUUUAUAUUGGGAAGAAAUUAUAGAAAAAAAGAGAAGAACCCUUCUAUAUGUUCGUAAUAACCUUCACUGUCCUUUUGCCUGUGUUUUUAGUUUAUAGAUUUUUUUACAGAAAUUGAAAUAUUUGUUUACCAAAAUGUUAAGAGUAGAUUGUAUGGGUUGAUGAGCACAUUUAAACAAUCCCUUCUGGUACUUUGUCAGUCAGAAUGAAUAUAUGUAAAUGUUCUGUAUCUCAUCCAUAUCAUUCACUACACUUUACAUUAAGUUGCUUUUAUACCUGUGGAGCGCAAUGUAAUUACUCUAGUAAACACAUUGUGUUACUCUACUAAAAACAAUGUUACAUAAUUAUUUAGUAAUUGCAUUGUAAUGGUGUAGUAUUUGAGUUACUGUUUCUUAGUCUACUGUUUCUUGUGUCAUAACAAACAAUGCACAAUUCCAUUACUAUGCAUUUACAAAGCAAUGACAACUUCUUACAAUUACUAUGUAACAUGUUACUGAUGUUGUUACUAGAGUAAUUAUAGCAUUACUGCACAUGUGAAAGAGCAACUUAAUUUAAACUGUUACCAAGGAAGAUUCAAAUACAAGUCAUUUUGUUGGCAUAGUUUGAUAGUAUAUAAGGGUAGAUGAGUCAUUGCUCUAUAGCGGCUUUUGGUUCUAACAUGAUUCUUCUCAAAACUCCUCUAAAUUCAUUCAUUCAUUCAUUAAGACACUGUGACACACAAUGUUUAUUGGCCAUAAACAUUGUAUUAUUUUAUUAUAUUACAUCAUAUAAUGAUAAUAUACAGUACCUUCACACCCCUUGACUUUUUCCACAUUUUGUUGUGACAGCCUGAAUAUAAAAUGGUCACAGAUCUACACAUAAUACCACAUAAUGUCAAAUACGAAUUAAUUACAAUUGAAAAAAGUAUUCAACCCCUUUAUGGCAAGCCUAAUUAAGUUCAGGAGUAAACAUUUGCUUAACAAAUCACAUAAUAAA